AUGUUUACAACGGAAAAUAACAACUUAGAGGCUUGGUUAGGUGUGAUUGUAUCAUCUAUUGCUUGCAUAAUAGGAGCUUCUAUUGUAUUUAUCGAUAUAUUAUUUCAUAGAUCAUUAUUAGAUAGUCGUGCUUUUAUGGCAUCUUCCAUGUCUUUAGCAUCUGGUGUCUUGCUAUUUUCUUCAUUGUCAAUCAUGUUUCCUCAAGCACAGAAACGACUUCAAAAUGACGCCUUACUUUAUGCAUGUUACUUUGCUGGAGCUACCUUUACCUUACUACUCACCAAACUGAUUCAUUAUCUAAUGCCGGAUGCCAUCCAUGCUUGCGGAGAUGCUUCUGAUUCAUGCCAGGACAAUGAUAACCACUCUCACGAUGAGAGACGUAAACUCAGUAAACACCGCUGUGAUGCAGAAUACGGCACCAUGAGAUCAAGCGAAUCUCACUUUAUAUUGCAUUACGAAGAUUAUCAAGGUAAUAACGAUGCUCAAAACGAAGAUAGUGCCCAUGAACAUAGUCACCAUCACCAUCAUCAUCAUCAUGAUCCUAUCGAGAACGUUGUUGGUAAUGAUCCCAAACAUUACCUUAGCAUGGGUAUUCAAACAGCUAUUGCCAUCUGUGUGCACAAAUUUCCAGAGGGACUCAUCAUGUUUGUUUCAACCAAGGCCUCUUCUGCACUCGGUUUAAGUGUCUCUAUCGCUCUGUCUAUUCACAACUUGACUGAAGGAUUUAUGAUUGCCCUGCCCUUGUAUUAUGCGACACGAUCCAGAAUGAUUGCAUUUAGCGCUGCUUCCUUGAUGGGUGGAUUAUCACAGCCACUGGGUGCACUCGUUGGAUUAUUGCUUGUGAAAAAUAUUAGUAAAUCAAAGGAAGACGUGCUCUUUGGUGCUAUCUUUGCUUGUAUAAGCGGUAUGAUGUCUUUGAUCACGAUUCAGAGCAUGCUGCCUCAAGCUAUCAGAGCGGAUAUGGAGCAACGCUAUAUUCUCUUGUUCUUCUUUUUAGGAAUAUUCAUUGUAGGCCUUUCAUCUGUCUUGGGAACACUUUAA